CCGGUUUGGUUGUCGUUGUCACCUGGGGCAACACGUUGUUUGUGAAGCAUAAUUCAGACGAAAUUUAUAAAACAAAACUUGCAGCAUGGAGAAAGAAAUUGAAAAAAUAAAUAAUCUAGACACAUUGUGCCAAAAAAUUUCGGAGGAGGUCUCUAAAAUUGAAAAUAAUCUGGAUGACUUGACUGCAGAUGUUCCUCCUGAAGUUGCUGCGUUGAUGUCGGAAAAUGAUAAACUUGAAUACAGAAUUCGAAUUUUAAAAAGGCAUGCUGAGGAGUUGACUGAAAAUGUUGCUCUUGAAGGUUCAAUAUUAAAUUUUUUGCAAGACAUUUUUACAUCAAGCAUCAAAAAAAGUUUUCCAGAACUGAAAACUUUUACCUGCAGUGUGACAAGGAGUACUUCUGAAAAAUUUGGAGAUUACCAAUGUAACAGUGCUAUGAAUAUAGCACAGGUUUUACGUCAGCAAGGUGCCAAAGUAUCUCCCAUGGAUUGUGCUCAGAAAAUCGUUGCAAAUGUUUCCUGUGAUUUAGCAAUAGAGAGUUUGGAAAUCGCUAAACCUGGAUUCAUCAAUGUCAAAGUUAAAACUAGCUUUCUGAGCAAACGAAUAUCCCACUUGCUUAAUGAAGGAGUGAAACCACCUCCAAUCAAGAAGAGGAAAAUUGUUGUUGAUUUUUCUUCUCCAAAUGUAGCAAAAGAAAUGCAUGUGGGUCAUUUGAGGUCUACUAUUAUUGGAGAAAGUAUCUGCAGGCUUUUGGAAUUUGCCGGUAAUGAUGUUCUGAGGCUUAACCACAUUGGUGACUGGGGAACUCAAUUUGGAAUGUUAAUAGCUCAUCUACAAGAAAAAUUUCCUGAUUACUUAAACAAUGUUCCACCGAUAAAAAAUCUUCAAGAGUUUUACAAGGAAUCAAAGCUGAGGUUUGAUACUGAUGAAGAAUUUAAGAAAAAAGCAUAUUCCUGCGUAGUGCAACUACAGAAAUAUGAACCUGAUAUGAUGAAAGCUUGGAAACAAAUAUGUGAUAUAACAGCAAAAGAAAUUGAAAAAAUUUACAAAGUUUUGGACAUUACGCUUAUUGCAAGAGGAGAAUCUUUUUACCAAGAACGAAUGAAAACGUUAGUUAAAGAACUUGAAGAAAGAGGUGUAUUAAUAGAAGAUGAAGGUAGAAAAAUUUUGUUUGUUCCUGGAAUUAAUGUGCCAAUGACUAUUGUGAAAUCUGAUGGUGGUUUUACUUAUGAUACAUCAGAUUUAGCUGCAAUAAGGCAAAGAGUUGAAGAGGAAAAAGCAGAUUGGCUAAUUUAUGUUGUUGAUGCUGGACAGUCCCUGCACUUGGAAUCUGUUUUCGCUGCUGCUAGGGAGCUUGGAUUUUGCCCUCCUGAAGUUAAAACUGACCAUGCUGCAUUUGGUGUUGUAUUAGGAGAAGAUAAAAAAAAAUUUAAAACUCGAUCUGGCGAUACAGUAAAAUUAGCUGAUUUAUUAGAAGAAGGAUUGCAGAAAAGCUUGUUGAAAUUAAAAGAGAAAAAACGAGAUGAAGUUUUAAGUCCUGAGGAGUUGAAAGCAGCACAAGAAGCAGUAGCCUAUGGGUGCAUUAAAUAUGCAGACUUGAGUCACAAUAGAUCACAUGAUUAUGUGUUUUCUUUUGAUAGAAUGUUGGACGAUCGUGGAAACUCUGCAGCUUAUUUGUUGUAUUCACUUGUAAGAAUUCGAUCCAUUGCCAGGAAUGUAAAUGUGAGCGAAAGUGCUUUAAAAGAAGCUGCCAAAUCAACUGAAAUAAUAUUGGAACAUCCUAAAGAAUUAAAACUUGCCAAAAUAAUAUCAAGGUUCCAGGAAGUUAUCAUAAAUGUUAUUGAGGAUUUAUCUUUGCACACACUUUGUGAUUAUCUGUAUGAACUAUCUGUGGUGUUUAGUGAAUUUUAUGACAACUGCUACAUCAUUGAAAAAGACCCCACAGGUCAAAUAAAGAAUAUCAACAUGAGCAGGCUGCUGCUGUGUGAUGCUACAGCAAGCAUGAUGACUACAGGCUUUCAUAUUUUAGGUUUAAAGCCGUUAGAAAAAAUGUAAAAAAGUUUUUAAGGUGUAUAUUGAACUAAUAAAAUGGA